AUGGAUCUUGGUACGGCUCUCGGAGUCGUCUCUCUCGGCCUACAGGUCUUGGAGGGUGUGAUUAGCUACUACAGCUCUUAUCAGGACUACGGCGAGGAUGUCCUUGCUCUGUGCACUUCCUCCGCCUCUCUCAUCCAGACACUUCGUUUCCUCCAUGGCCAGCUAGAGCGGAAAGACUCUGUUCAGAACGACUUUCAUGCCCACAUCCUAGCAUCUAUCUACCAAUGCCAUGAUGGCUUACAAAGACUGCAAAAGAAACUGGACAAGAUCAAAACCGAACCAGCAUUCAUAGAAGACAACUUCCUUGAGGGCCUCAAACGUCAAGCUACCAAUCAACUACGCAAAGCCUCAUAUCCAUUCAAGUGUAGCACGCUGGCCAAGCUGAGGGAAACUGUCCAAAAUCUCAGAGAUAACCUGGCGCUUGCUUUGCAGGCAUUUGAUCUCGACACAGCAGAACGGAACACUCAAAUCCUGGCAAGGCUUGAUCUGCGAGUUGAUGAAGUGAUCGCCAAACUAGAGAACCUCAACAAUUGUGUACUCGAUGAUGCUCUCAAGAGAUGGCUAUCACCCUCGAGUCCAGAGACAUACCUACAAUCGAAUCUCAAGCAAUGGUCACCUCAAAGUGGUGACUGGUUCCUCCAAGGAAAAGCCUUCGAUAACUGGAUGCAAGAACCGGGAUCUUUAUGGCUGACCGGAAUGCCUGGCUGUGGCAAGUCGAUCAUGUGUUCUGCUGCAAUCGCCCUGAUCGAGCAGCGACGUGCGAGUUCGAGGCCAAUUUUGAUAGCUUAUCAUUUCCACACCUUUUCUGAUUCCGACACACGGACAGUCGGUGCAAUGCUACGGAAUCUUGUACAUCAACUGGCCUGUCAAUCAGAUGAUAUCUGCAAUACUAUGACCGACUUGUUCAAGAAAUGCGGUAGUGGCAGUCGGCGACCCUCAGAUUCUGAGCUUACCGACUUGCUCAAGGCGGCCCUAUCUCACGAUGCAGAAGCAUACAUCUUCUUGGAUGCUCUGGACGAAAGUGAUGAACAAGUCGAGCUUGUCGAUCUAAUCACGCAUCUGGAAACUCAAGCCUUACACACUCAUUUCUUCACAACGAGCCGUCGUCAUGCUGCCUUUGUGGAAGCUAUCGAGUCAGGAAAUUUUACUGAGAUUGCCAUGGAACGCGCUACAGUCGACAUCGAUAUCGAGCGAUAUAUCGUCGAUACCCUCGCGAUCGACUUUGAAGACCCUGAUCGGGGCCCAUUCGACCCAUGCUACCGAGUCAAGGAUCCAAUGGCCGUGUUAGAGUACUGUCCCGGUCUCAUUGCUCUGCAACAAAAGCGUCGUAUCAAUGCUCCACGCUGGAGGGACAAGCCUGUUGUAGCGUUAGCCCACUUUUCCGUCGACCAAUACCUGAGGCCUCGAGUGCACGAAUGGCGGUUUGGAGAAACAGCGACCGCACACGCCCUCAUCGCUCGCACUUGCCUCAGAUAUCUGCUUUACUUUGACAAGCCAGACGAGUAUACCAAGACGACCAUACACGAAUACCCAUUCCUUCAUUUCGCAGCCAAGAAUUUCGCUAACCAUCUCAAAUCAUCAAACUACGAUGCACAAGCAAUGGAUCUAGCAUGGCAUCUCCUCACCAACGAAAAAGCACUCAAGACUUACUACACUGUCUCACAGCCCUUGGCUCCCCUCCUCGAUACCAACGACUUUGCAAAGCGCAAACGACGUAAACAAGGACUCGUCUUUACUUCAUGCACACCCCCUCCACUCUUCCUCGCCGUCCUCUGGGACCUACCACUUCUAGUUGAAAGACUCCUCAACGACCCUUUGUACAUCUCCUCAAUCAAUGUCGUCCUCAACAUCGGUAUGACUGACGAUCUCGCCAUCCCCAGAACAGCCAUCGAAGCCGCCGUCUACAACAAAAACUUUGAGUUGUUUGUGCUGUUGCAUAGAUCUGGCGCUGAACUAGGAAACUGCGAAAGAUGA